AUGAUGAGUUUACCAUCAACCGUGAGAAAAGAUUACGUUUCCUGGUUUGUGACAGACCUGAAAAACGAGCUCCGAAAACGCAAUGCAAGACUUGUUGGAAAGAAAGCGACGCCCGUCCAGAGGUCAAUUGUGGCGGUAUGCUUGCUGGUGUGGGGAUGUCAAGGGCAGAAUAACAAUUUCCAGAGCACAAAUCAAUGGCUUGGAACCUUUUUUAAAUCCAACAAUUCGCUUUGCUUAUUUAGAGGGACGGACGUAUCAUCGGCGGCAAUUAAUAAUUAUAGACAGACAAACAAACAAAACAAACAAAAUAAAAGACCCACGGAUUGUUACACUGAAAAGCAGGAAGUGGGACAAUGUGUGAAAUUGUCAGAAUGCAUGGACAGCAACGAAAUCGACUUGGAAAACAUGGACGUUUAUAGAGGGUUAAGCUGCCACUACUUGAAGAUAUGCUGUCCAACCAGUCGAUUGAUUACGACAGGAACCGUGACUCCACCUCCAUUGCCGCCUAAAAGACCUGGAUGUGGAUGGAGCAACCCCGGCGGCUACGCAUUCCGCGACUCUUCAAACACGCACGCCGAGUUCGGAGAGUUUCCUUGGAUGGUUGCUUUGAUGAGGGAAGUCAGUCAGAACCAGGGAUGGGAUCCAAAGGAUUACUUGGGAGGUGGAACUCUGAUCCACCAUUCGGUGGUGAUGACGGUCGCUCAUAAACUCAAGGCUAUUAAUUACGACCCGUCAUUGAUGAAAUGCCGUCUUGGCGAAUGGGACACACAGAAUACGAACGAAAUUUAUCCCCACCAAGACAGAAACGUCAAUAAAAUCCUUGUUCAUGAACAGUUUUCUUCGAAAACGUCAGCGAAUGACGUUGCUCUAUUAAUAACAACGUCCCCAUUCGAUCUAACCGAUCCCCAUGUGGGGAUAGCCUGUUUGAGCUUCAAUGAGCCUAAAAUGGAUGCCAAUUGUUUUAGCAUGGGUUGGGGUAAGGACUUCAAUAAUAAUGACAAAUACGCUGUUUGGUUAAAGAAGGUGCCAUUACCAAUAGUUGACCACGGAACUUGUGAAUAUGCCUUGCAAGGUUCGCGGCUUGGAAGUAACUUCAGGUUGCACAACUCAUUGAUAUGUGCUGGAGGAACGAAGAACUUUGACACAUGCACCGGCGAUGGAGGCUCCUCACUUGCUUGUCGCACUUCGAGCGCUGGCGCCCCACCCCGUUACUCAGUUUACGGAAUGGUUGCAUUUGGCGUCGAAUGUGGUACAGUGCUACCUGCUGCGUACGUCAACGUAGCGACAAUGAUUCAAUGGAUCACUAAUAAAUUUGCUGAUGAAAAACUUGACGUUCCGUUCUUCGCUUAA